AUUUCGUCAUCGAAAAAUGCGAGACGAACAAGCAAGUUAAGAAUAUGGAGUUGCCGUUCGAGUUCUUAAAACUGAUUUAGUCCACCAAUUUCAUAAUUUUACCAACAUAAUAUGCUUUUCUGUACAUUUAAAGUGUAGCGUUACUUUUGGCUUAUAUUUUUUAUUUGAAAUUUAAAUGAAAUGUAUCUGCGGAAUUUCAAUACAGAGCAGAAACAUCAAUUGCGAUAUUUUUUUUGUUUGAAUCUGGUAGCAUUAUUACGCGAAUGAAGCCAACAAGCGCGGUGAUUUUCGUCAUUGUAUCAAUUGAAGUUUUUAAAGAGUAGCAGCAUUAAGCUGCAGAGCGUUUAACACCCCGAAUGACUACUGCACAACAUUGAGCGCAGUGCUCCCCAUUCCUACCAGCUGCCUACUUUUUAUACGUGAUAAACAAUCACCGGCAAAAUCACCAUCAAAUCCUCACACAACAUAGCAGACUCCUCCUCAUCCGUGAGCAGUAGUAGCAACAACAACCUCCACGCUAGCGUCGAUUCUACAUCAGAGUCAGAAUACGCCAUUUCAGGCUCCAGCAUCAAUAUUAUGACGGACUACAGUGACUUGGAUCGUCAAAUUGAGCAGCUGAAACGCUGCGAAAUCAUUAGAGAGAACGAAGUGAAGGCAUUAUGUGCUAAAGCGCGUGAAAUACUCGUUGAAGAAGGAAACGUACAGCGGGUUGACUCGCCAGUGACGGUAUGUGGUGAUAUUCACGGCCAGUUUUAUGAUUUGAAAGAAUUGUUUAAAGUUGGAGGAGAUGUACCCGAAAAGAAUUACCUGUUCAUGGGAGAUUUUGUAGAUCGUGGCUAUUACAGUGUCGAAACAUUUUUGCUCUUAUUGGCCCUUAAAGUACGUUAUCCAGAUCGCAUUACAUUAAUACGCGGCAAUCACGAGUCUCGCCAAAUUACACAAGUCUACGGAUUUUAUGAUGAAUGUUUGCGUAAAUAUGGUUCGACAGCCGUGUGGCGCUAUUGCACGGAAAUUUUUGACUAUCUCAGCUUGUCGGCUAUCAUUGACGGUAAAAUAUUCUGCGUUCAUGGUGGUCUUUCGCCAUCGAUACAGUAUUUAGAUCAAAUAAGGACUAUUGAUCGCAAGCAAGAGGUGCCACAUGAUGGACCUAUGUGUGAUUUAUUAUGGAGCGACCCUGAAGAUCAAACGGGAUGGGGUGUAUCACCACGCGGUGCCGGCUAUUUAUUUGGUUCGGAUGUAGUUUCACAAUUUAACCGAACCAAUGACAUUGAUAUGAUAUGCCGCGCUCAUCAAUUGGUCAUGGAAGGAUUUAAGUGGCAUUUUAAUGAGACUGUUUUGACAGUUUGGUCCGCGCCGAACUACUGCUAUAGAUGUGGAAAUGUGGCAGCAAUUCUGGAAUUAAACGAGUACCUGCAUCGAGACUUUGUAAUUUUUGAAGCCGCGCCUCAAGAGAGCCGGGGCAUACCAUCGAAAAAGCCUCAAGCAGAUUAUUUCCUCUAAACUGAAACAAAGCAAACAGAUCAAUUCGCGGGAUGGCAACUAAAGGACAUUUUGCAAAUUCAUUAGUGCAGAGAAAUGUAAAUUCGAUAUUGCGCUAGAGGAAAUAUCGAAUUGCAGUGGCUGUUUAGAAAACAACUAGCAACAUUUUGUUGGUAUUUUAUUUCCCUUAGCCCAUUUUACUUUAAGUUAUUUGUGCGUACUCUUACAUACAUACAUACAUAAUUGUUAGAAUGGAAAAUAUUAUUCUUUAUAUUCUAUAAUUAAUGAAUUACCAACACGUACUGACCUCUGAUAUCAAUAUUUUAUACAAAUCAAACAACUAACUGUCCAAAUCAUGACCAACUAUGGAAGUUUUUAAAGAUUCAAGUGAUCUAUACUAUGACGUUUACUACCCUUAUUCGUGCGAUGGAUUAUAUCUUAGUAUGCAAUUAAUUGCGAUUCCUUUAAAUGUGUAUUUGAAAGUAAUCAUUGCUGAAAUAUUAAUUCGUAACGGUAACAAUAGUAAUCUGCUUAAACAAUAUACCUUUUUUAAUAAUAAUUAAAUAUAACAGAAAAGUGAAAUCUGUAACGUACCGUGUAUUGAAAAAAAUCAAAAAUAAAACACAGUAAGUCACUCAAUUAGUAAAUGGAAGUAAAGGAAAAACUAAGAGAUGCAUGUACUGCCAUUCCUCGUAAUUUUCUUAUUUUCCUAAAAUAAAAAAUAUCUAUUUUCCAACAGAAAACCCCGAAGAUAACAAUGUAUAGUUCAAAAAUGCAGAAGAAAAGCUGUUCUUUGGUGGUUAUUGAAAAGAACUUAAUUAUUUAAAUUAAAAACAGCAAACAAUGUAA